GCAGAGAUCGCUCGCUUCCUGGUUACUGCAGCUUUGAAUAGUGUUGUGGAUUGAUUUGGAAUGAAAGCACUUUCCCAGCACUGGGUUGCAUCGGUGCAUUUAGCGUUGAGUCUUAUUGGGCUUCCAUACGCCGUUGGCACAAGUGGUUCCUGCUGGAAAAACAGCAUUUCCAGUUUCUGUGCAUCCAGAUCCGCCUACAUGCCUUCAGCCGCGCACAUCAAGGCCCGUUGCCCAGUAUAUCCCGGCUCAGACACAAAACGCUUUCCAGUCCCUGAUGACAAAGUGGACUGGGAGACAGACUGGCCCCAGUAUAACCCUGUUAACUACACCGCCCCAGUUGUGCUGAAUAAGCCUGUUUGGGCUGACCCAGAUAUUGGGGCAUUUUCCCCGCAGUUCAAUUCUUUGGAUGGAUCUGUCGACAGGAAAAGCCACAAGGGCCCAUAUCGUAUAAAGAAUGGCAGUCCACUUAAUCCACAUGGAAGAACUGGAUUGGAAGGCCGAGGACUAUUGGGCAGGUGGGGUCCUAACCACGCUGCUGACCCAAUAGUUACCAGGUGGAAGAGAGACUCUGCAGGACUGCCUGUCCACCACAUUAACUCUCAGCUACCUGUGCUUCAGUUUGUGUCCAUCAAGAGGAUUGACUGUGGGGAAUGGGCCAUCCCAGGGGGUAUGGUGGACCCCGGAGAGCACAUUUCUCAAACAUUGCAGCGGGAGUUCUCAGAAGAGGCAAUGAACUCUCUGCAAGCAUCUCCAAGUAACAGGCAAGAGAUCCAAAAGCAAAUCACUGAGCUUUUCAACUCAUCCGGUCUUCAGGUGUAUAAAGGUUAUGUAGAUGAUCCAAGAAACACAGAUAAUGCUUGGAUGGAGACAGUUGCAGUAAACUUCCAUGAUGAAUCAGGUAAUAGUGUUAGUCAGCUUCCAUUGCAAGCAGGCGAUGAUGCAGGUCAAGUGAGUUGGAUUGAUGUUGACUCCUCCCUGGCCCUUUAUGCAAGUCACUCGCAUUUCUUGGAGACAGUUGCCAAGGAAAGAAAUGCCCACUGGUAAUGGGGAAAUUUUAAAAAGUGCCUUUCUGUCCUCUGUCAUGACAUAACUGAAGGGAAAUCUUAUUUGACAGAAGCUUAAUGUGAAGAAAAUCAGUUUGUGCACAGCACUGCCAAAACAUGCAUUCCAAUAAUAGAACGUUAAGCUCAUAUAUUUGUGCACUUUCUUAAAAUCUAAUAUAAAGCAUGAGGGCUGUAAAUGAAGGCGUAGAAUUCUCACUGUUACUCAACACUGAACACUACUCCCCAAGUAAGAAUAUGUUCAGCUUAUGCAUGACAUUUCUCUGUAAUAACCAAAGGAAUAAACCCUCUUAAACACUCA